AUGUCUUGGUAUGGGUUCGUCAACCACGCUUUGGAGCUACUGGUUCUUCGAGAACAUGGCCAAGAUAAAUGGGAAGAAAUCAAACGUGAAGCUGCUGUCGAAAUCGACGGGAGUUUCUUGGUCCGUAUCGUGUAUGAUGACGUCCUGUCCUACGAUCUUGUGGGAGCUGCCGUGAAAGUACUUGGAAUAAGUGCAAAUGAUCUUCUGGAGGCAUUUGGUCGCAUGUUCUUUGAAUUCUGCGUCGAGUCUGGCUACGACAACAUCUUGAACGUCCUUGGGUCAACCACACGCCACUUCCUGCAGAACCUUGAUGCUCUUCAUGACCAUCUAGCCUCUAUCUAUCCGGGAAUGCGAGCUCCUUCGUUCCGCUGCAGUACACGAGACAGUGAUGGCGCCCUUGUUCUUCACUACUACUCUGAACGACCAGGGCUGGAGCACAUCGUCAUCGGGUUGGUCCGCAGUGUCGCAAAGACCCUUCACGGCUCCGAGGUCCACGUCGAGAUCAUCAAGAACAAAGGCGAAGACUGCGACCAUGUCCAGUUUGCCAUCAUCGAGAAGAAGCAGACAGCAAAGAUCGAGGAGCAGGCGCAACAGAACCUCCUGGGUCUCACCAAAGAACCCCAGAUAAGUCCGUCAACCCUCUGCAGGAUCCUACCCUUCCACAUCAUGUUCAAUGAUGAUUUGCGAGUCCAGCAGGCAGGAAACUCCAUCCAGAGGAUCGUGCCUACUAUCAACAAUCCCAACUGCAGGAUGACGGACUUGUUCCAUAUAGUGCGCCCUCACAUGGACUUCACUUUCAAGUCGAUCCUCAGCCAUGCCAACACCAUCUACGUCCUGCAGACCAACCCCGGUGUGGUCAACUCCACCAACCCCCGCAACGGCUCCAUCCCGGCUCUCAAGCUCAAAGGACAGAUGCUUCACGUACCCGAAUCCGGUGUCCUGCUAUAUCUUUGUUCGCCACACGUGAUCAACCUCGACGAGCUGAGACAACGUGAACUGUACCUGAGUGAUAUCCCACUCCACGAUGCUACGAGGGAUCUGGUACUGAUUUCAGAAAGAUUUGAAGAGGAGUACAAACUCACCCAGAAGCUGGAGAUCCUGACAGACAAGCUACAACAGACUUACCGUGAGAUUGAGAAUGAAAAGAAGAAAACGGACAGACUCCUCUAUUCCAUUCUCCCUCCAUCUGUCGCUAACGAGUUGCGUCAUCACCGUCCUGUUCCAGCCAAGAAGUUCGAGUGUGUGACGCUCAUGUUCAGCGGUAUCAAUGGGUUUGGGGAUUUCUGCCGUCGGUACUCACACGAUGCCAUGAAGAUCGUGAAUCUCCUCAACAGUGUCUAUACCAAGUUUGAUGUCUUGACAGAGAGGAACCCGGAUGUAUACAAGGUAGAGACAGUCGGCGAUAAAUACAUGGCAGUGAGUGGCCUACCGGUACCUUGUGAAGAUCACGCUCGGUGUAUCGCUAGGAUGGCCCUCGAUAUGAAAGAACUCUCUGCAGAUGUCAUGAUGGAGGAUAAACCCAUUGUGAUUACUAUAGGUAUUUAUAGUGGCGAGGUUGUGACAGGAGUGGUGGGACAUCGUAUGCCACGGUACUGUCUCUUCGGCAAUACAGUCAACCUCACCUCCAGGACGGAGACAACUGGUAUCACAGGGAAAAUCAACGUCGCUGAUACCGCUUACACAUGUCUGAUGGAGCCACAGAAUGAAGACCCAACCUUCCAGUUUGAUUUCAGAGGUCUCGUCAACAUGAAGGGCAAGCCCAAACCUUGCCCGUGUUAUCUGCUCUCAAGGAAACCCGCUGCUGCUAAGCCCGAACCAUAGAGGUCUACAUAAACUCGGUCUACAAGAAGUUGGUCUACUAUAGUGCAAUACUACAUGGGCUAAAACCAUUUGGUCUAUUAUCAAUUAGUCUAAUUGCUUUCAGUUCUACGCUACACUUGGUGUAAUUCACAUAGUCUAAUACCAUAUGGGCUAAACCCUUUUGAUCUAUUAUCAAUUGGCCUGAUUGCUCUUUGGUCUACUGCACACUUAACUCUUCGUCAGUCUAAUAAUCAUUUUCAUUUAAUUCAAUGCCCAAUUGAUCAAAUUUCCACGUUGUCAACAGUAUUAUUUUUAUCUGACAAAUUAAAUUUUUGUUCAUAAACAGUUCAUCUAACCAUGCUAGUCUAAAUGAUGUAUAAGACCUACCCAAGUGGAUAUUAGGCAAAAUAGCGAAUGAGCUAAGUGGCAUUUAGACCAACUUUAGACGAACUAAUAUCAGACUGGAAUGAGACCGAACGGAUAGUAGACGAAGUGGACGUAGACCAAGUGGCAAUUUACCAAACAUAAGCGCACUGUUUUGAUAAGGUCAAGCCAAUUACCACGCUUUUGUCAAAAAGAGCAGACUCGAUCAAAAUGCUAGGUUUGUUUCCGGAACCGAUCGCCUCAAUCAAACCGGAUCGGGCAUGGUCGACAGCUCGGCAAGGAGUCAGAGCCCGGAAUCAGAGUCAAGCGGCCUUUGUCGGUCUACCUUGAUCGGCGUUCCUUUUGUCACCUAUUGUCAACUACCUGGCCAGGCAAUCCAGGGGCCCGUUCCACUAAAACUUACAAGUAUUUACCAAUUGGGUACCUAAUAUAGAAACUUUAAUUCUUACUGGCUACUGAGCCCAGGCCUGUGUCACCAAGUAGUUUUCAUACAAUAGCAAAGUUUACAUAAUCAUCGGCCUGACAUGAACCAGGGCCUAGGUUUCAAAAUUAUUUGAUCGAAAAUGAUUCAGUUAUCAACAUAAAUAUGCAGUGGAAACCUUCAAUUUUGUCUGCAACUUGAUACGUGUAACAUGGGUAAUGUUAGAUCUGAGCCAUGCAAUAUUUACAGCAUAUCUUAUAGGAGCUAGGUACAUUCUUACCCCAGAGGGAAUUGAGCUUAAAAUCCCAAAACGGCAUUUUCGAUCUAGAAAGAAUAACGCGAGUGGGAUGAUAUUUCAAAUGAUUAUUUUAACGCAAACUUGAAUGAGAAAAUAAUCGAAACAAAGCCAUCAGAUUUGUGGACGCGCUUUGUUGAAUCACUGCACACUUGUUACAUAACGAUCAUUAAAAAAAAUGUUCUAUAAUCAUUCGUUUGGGCAGUGUACUUAUCAACUUGAUUGCCAUAGCCUUGUGGAUUUGAUUAUUUCUGGUGAAGAGGUUGGCUAAUGACGUGAAAGCCGGAGAGCAAACGAUUGAAGAGACGCAACAAAACCAGACGAGUUACUUCAUAGAUGCUUCGGAUACCAUUACCAUGGUAAUUCAGAGGAGACACUUUCCCAAGAUGCAUUAAGAGAUUUAAUAAACUGAAUAACAUUGAGAUUAGAUUUUUUAAAUAUGGGCUGUAAGGUAUCAGCAAUAUUGUUAUACGUAUCAGUGAUAAUUAUCAUGUUGUAAAAAUAACGCCCUGAAAAGAUAUGCACUAGAAAUUUAAUAUUUAGUGCAUGCUUAAAAAGCGGAAAGGUACAAUUUUCAGGAAGCACUAUAAUAAAAAUAGUAAUAAUAAUAAUAGUAAUGAUAAUAAUGAUAAUAGUAAUGAUAAUAAUAACAAUAAUAAAACACAAGUGAUAAGCUAUAGAAAUAAUAUGUAAUAGUAGAUUAUUAUUUGUGUCUUUUUAUCCAUAUAAGUUCAGUUUUCUUUUACAAGACCUCGGUAAUGUGAAGCAGCAAUUUGAUUAGGUGUGAGUAGCUCUGGAUCUGCACAGUAAAAGUAAAAGGUAGAUGGGGUAUAGAUAAAUACACAAGGAAACAUUCAUAAUUGUUCUUCCAAUAGAGUACCGAAGUGUGACGUCACUGUCAUGACAACGAACCAGCUGGUUCUAAACAGAGUCGCAGCUGACGAUCGUCUAUACACAUUUGUAGGCCUAUUUGCAAAAAUUACCAUCAUCCUGAGGUUGCAAGCGAUGAAAUUCCGUUAGCAGCAAUUUUCUCCUAUGAGAAACACGCUCCGGGUCCAUUUGUUUAGAACCAGGCCGCCAUGACACCAUGGCAACUAACGUCAUCGCGUCGGUACUCUGUAGAGCCUGCAUUGGGUAGAUUGCAAGAGGUCAAGUUAAACAGUGUUUGAUGUGACCCUGUCAGGGCUCGAACCGACGACCUCCCACCGGGCUGGCGCUCUACCACUGAGCCACCAUGUCCAGUUCAGUUUAAGUAGGCUAUUACUUCUGGCUAUCAGGGCACGGGGAACGAUUUUUUUUUACUGGGGGUGCUGAUGUAAAUUUGAAAAGCUUAAAAAAAAAUUACACUAAAAAAAUUGUCAUUUUGGUUACAUUUUUCAAUUUUUACACAAUUCCAGAAUACCUAGGAGUGCUGACUAUGAAAAAUAAUACACGCAGCACCCCCCCCCCCCCAAGGAAAUUAUUUGGGGUGCUUUAGCUCCCUGCAUCACAAGGGCGGAAAUCUCUACCCAAAGGUAGGGGGAGGGACCAGGGGCUAGAAAAUUUGACAAGC